UAUGGCAGCAGGUUUCCUUCGAUUUGAGUGAGCUGCGGUUUUGCGGCAUAGUUUCAGUUAUUUUUCAUAUCAAAAAGUUAACUAUAACUGGCCUCAGGAAAAGAAUAGUGUAGUAAUAAUUGAGAUAGUUAACAUUCUUCUGUUAACUAUGGAUGAGUUAGAUAAACUUAAUUGUAUAGAAGAGGUAUUGGAUAUGAGUGACAUAGAAAAUUCUGCUAACGAUGAACACAAAGAAUGUGACGAAAAGCCGAAAUCGCAAAAAAAGAAACGAAGACGCCGAGAGGUCGAUAUGAUAAAAUUGUCCGAUGAUGAUGAAUCAGAUGAUGAGAGUGUAACCAAAAAGUUGAUGCGGCACCUCAGCCCUGGCCCCGGACCAAACUCUCCGGCGUCUCACAGGGAACCGCGAACUUGUGUACUUAAGGCAAGUCAAAAGCGCCGGCCUCUGUCUCGGCUCCUGGAACAGCUGCUCCGUAAUCUGGAGAAGCGGGACCCCAACCAGUUCUUCGCAUGGCCAGUCAACGACAACUUCGCCCCAAACUACUCCAACAUCAUCCGGAGACCGAUGGACUUCUCCACCAUGAAGCAGAAGAUUGAUGAUAAUGAAUACAAAUCACUCAAUUGUUUUAUUAGCGACUUCAAACUGAUGUGCAACAACGCAAUGAAGUACAACAAACCUGGCACAGUCUACCACAAAGCGGCCCGGAGGCUGCUCCACGCGGGCCUCAAACAGCUGACCCCGCAGAAACUGAGGCCACUCGGGGACAUCCUCACAUAUAUGUACGAGAUACCAAUCAGGGAGCUUGGAUUUGAUAUCGGGAAGAUGGAUGUGCAUAAGGUCCUAAAGAGAAGCAGCCCGAUCAAGAGCGGGGGCUCCGAGGCGGAGGCCGCGUCGGACGGCGGCGCCGAGCGCGGGGAGGAGGGCGACUGCGUCAAGAUGCAGAUGGAGGCCGCCAGGGAACAGCACAGGAAGAGGCUUGCGAAGAAGGCUUUCCCUCGCAUGGACUCCGAGGGUAAGACCACACUAUGCCUGGUCACGCACACGGUGGAAGGCUCCGGAGAUGACAAACCCCUGACCCUCGGCAAGAUGAUAGGGAAGUUGACGCAAGGAACUGGAUCUUUACAUAUUCCUCGUGAAGACAGGCGUAAUAUCGCGAAGGGGGUUAAACCCUUAAAUUACGGCCCGUUCAGCUCGUACGCGCCGUCCUACGAUGGAACCUUCGCCACUCUGACCAAGGACGAGUCUCAUCUAAUAUACCACACGCUGGCUGCCGAGACGGGGCAAGGCAACGAAGAGCUUCUACGUUUCGCGCCCGACUCUCCCUGGAACCUCUUCUACGACAUGGAGGCAAUGUUCCCGGACAAGAAGCAGCAGCCGGAACAACCGCCCAAAGAGGAACCGGACACGUCGAAACUGAAAGUGGACAUAGACCAACUGAGAACACUAUCGGAGUUGGGCAUAGACGUAGACUUCCUCACUGACAUAGAGGAUGACGUGAACGCGGCCCAACACGACUACGGUAUAGGGGGAGCGUUGAAACAUACAUACGAAUUGCUACAGAAGUUGGAGAAAGAGCAAAGAGACAGGCUGUCGGCGCCGCCGCCCUGGCACCUGUCGCUGGCGGCGCGCGCGGGCGGCGCGGAGCGCGAGCUGGCGCGCGCGGGCGCGGCCAUGCUGCGCGGCAUGGCGGCGCGCGUGCCGCCGCGCGAGCUGGCGCCGCGGCCCGCGCUGCGCCGCGCCAUGGGCGUCACGCUGGCGCACCUAGACACGCCAAUGGCAGUGGACGAUUUCGAGCUUGACCUGGAACAGCGAGACACCAUCUCCGAUCUAGACUCUAGGUCUAGUCACGACAAAUAGACCUAGAUAUAAUGCCCAAACGAGCAGUUAAUUAUAAGAUAUAUAAAUAUAGCAU